UGUCAAUAGCCAUUCUGGCGUAUCUGGUUAGCAGGUAGGCCCUAGUCCAUGAGAUCUUGGUCAAUUUCAUUUGAAAAUUGUUCCGUUUACAGCUCAUGAAUGGAUGAGUUCUGGCUAUCGGGUGCGCGACUCAAUACGGCAUAUGUCAGCUGUAGAUACAGUAUCUGUAAGACAAUGUGACAACGAAAUAACGCAAUGUAACAUGAUCAUGCUGCAGUUCGACUGCGCACCUCGCUUUCGCACAACCGUGUCUGACUCAACGCUGCAUUCCCAAACAGGAAAAUACGACCGACCGAUUCGGCUGAUCGGUGGCACGGGUGUCGGCUUGGCGACCGUCGGACGGCUCCGGGAUGAGAUCCGGGGGUCCUGUCCGAUGGCUUGAAGUCGCGGCUCUCGGUCCGUCGGCAACAUAUCGGCAAAGUUAGAAAGUGGAAGAAGCAGUGAACAUCUGAACAUGGGAAUCGCACAACAGAAAGACCGGAGGUCUAGAUUCUGGAAGGAGUUUUGAUCCUGGGCACCACGAUCCUCGCAGGAGUGAGGUCUUUCGCUGAGCGCACACGCGCGCAUACAGGCACCGGACAAAAGAGGGCCAUUCGAUCAUCAAUCUGGAAAGUUGCGGACACGUCCAUCUCAUCAGAGGUUUGCGGCGCUGCACAUUGAGGUUGUGUUCAAUCAGGCCAUCCUAGUCAACUAUACCCACACUCAGGCAAAGUAGACAGGCGCGGUUUGACCGGGCCUCGGAUGGUAGCGGGCUUCUGUGAGAUCGACGCCUUGCCUAGUACAUACAACCUGGCAAGACACAAGCACGCCCCCGUUGACACCUUUCAUCCUUUCUCCCACCUCCUUCGCACUUGCGCACCCAUACGCACCCCGAGCACGCGAUGGACAUCCAGAUGCGCCAGAGCACGGUUCCGAGGGCCGAGGCUCGCGGGCCUUCUGAAAAGAAAGCGCAGCUGCACUCGCUCGUCAUCUCGCCAAACCUGGACGCACUCCUCGAGCACGACGAGCGCAUGCGGCGCACCCACCAUCCCAUGCACCACGCGCACACCAGUUCGCUGUCCACGCUGUACGACUCGUCGGCGACGGGUCACACCAGCUUGCCGCCACCGCCGCGUCGCACGCGCACAGGUGGUUCAGCAUCUCCCGUCUCGCCCUUCAUGGGGCAGAUGAGCCCUAUCCCGAUGAGUCCGUCGACACCCAUGAGCAGCAAUGGAGCGCAUAGACCAGAGAAUAAUCCGUAUAUCAAUCCAGCACCCCAGUUCGUGUUGGCAAAGUCGUCGGUGAUGGCGUCCCCGAUUUCGCCUCCGCCGAGAUCGUCGUCACUAUCCAUCGGCGGUAUGCCAAUGUCUCCCUCCACGAGGCCUCGCGGACAGGAUGCGAAGAUGGAAGGAACGCCGCAGGCAGAUGGUGGUUUUGGUGGCGAGGAAGCCACUGAUAGCCGAGCCUGGGCCCCCAUUACGGCAGCACAGACCGUUGAGCGACGACGGUCAUCAUCCCAAGCUCGCAGAGAGUCUGCUCCCCAUUCGAAGGGGUCUGUGUCGAGUCGAGAGGAGAUAGUGGACAAGGAUAAAGCGAAGCUGAGGUCCAAGCUGAAGAUACCCCGACGGCCUCGCACAGCAGACGCAGUUGUUUACCCUCGCAAACUCGUCAAGGCGUCCUCCCGCACGUCUUCGUCCUCCAACGAAGGGUCCAUGCCCUCUCAGGGGACGUCUUUAUCGGUUUCUGUUGGUCCCCCAAUGCCCGCGUCGCCCGGUCGUGAGUCGUUCAUGGACAUGUUUUCUCCUGUGGCGGAUGGAAUGAAGAAGACACGAUCCUCUAUUUACGACGAUGAUGAUCAAUUCACGAAGGGCAGUUUAAGCCCCUUAGCGGCCGCACCGCCGUCCCCUCUUCCUGUGCCGAGAAAACGAGGUCCGGUCCUGGACUUAGCGAAACCUCCGAUCCCGACCACGCCUAAACCUGAUUUCCGUUCUUUACGCCGGCCCACAUCGCAGACUGUCCCCUCGUCACCCAUUGCCCCUCCACCUGUGGUGCCGCUUCCCUCGCAGCACCCAGCGACGAUGCCUCCGACGACUAAUUUCCUGAACCCCUCCGAGCGGGCUCAGCUGAUCAAGAAGAGCCGGAAACUUGCUCAGAUGUUCGGCCAGACCCCCGGCCCAGCGGAUAUUCUGUUGGACGGUGCAAGCAAGGACACGAGUUUCCUUGCUUUGGACGUGGCGGAGCCGAGGACGACAGCGAAAGGAAAGAACAAAGCCCCAGGCCACCGGCCGGCCGCUUCGAUGAACAUGCUUGGCCAGGUGCCCAUGACCGUGCGACCAGUCCCACCGUGGCCAGUCCCGAAGAGGUCGGCCGAAUCACCAGCAGACUCGCAGGGCACCUGGCCUGCGCUGGAGCAUGGGAAAACGAUUUAUAUGGACGCGAAUGGGAGACGGAGGAGCGAACCGAACACGCCUGUGACUGCCUCCGACUCUGCAUCGUUCAUGGACUUCAACUCUGAGUCCGAGUCCGAGUCCAACGAGCUAUCCAGCCCACCUCUGGUGCCUGCAGUCGAUGAUGAAGCAGCGUCGAUCAUGACCCUCAGCCCCGACGACUCCAUCUCUGUCAUGGGACCGUCACGCCUCGUCCACGUCCCUUCUGUCGCCUCACUCGCUCCGACCAUCUCGAACGCGUCGAUCCUGACCGUCGAACGCGAGGAGGAGAGCGACGCCGAGUCUGAACGGCGGCGGGCUCGCGCCAAACUCGCCAAGCUACACCGAUACCUUGGCUCGCGGGUCCCCGCGAAUCUCGUUCUGGGGCCCGCAUUCGCAGGCAAGCCUCUGCCAGCGGAGCAGCCCGAGUCGCCGAUGCACUCUGACUUUGAGGGCUCGCCCUCCGGCGUGCUCCGCGGCCGACACGCGAUCCACCCCAGCACCUGGACGCGCCGGAGACGCAGUUCUUCGGCCGUUCUGACCUCGACGCCCUCGUCAUCGGACUGGUCAGAUGACGUCGAUCGCGUCAGGGAAGAGCUCGGGGACAGGGAAAAGGCCAUGAUCGUCAAACGCGCCAAGAAAGUCGGCAAGGUCUUCGGCGUCGCGCCUCCCCCGAGCUUGUAUUCGGGCGCCUCCCCGACGCCUUCCAUCAACGGUUCUGGGUCCGGGUCUGGACAUUCCACCAAGUCGACAAAUCAGAACCAGUCGUCGUAUACCGGAAAGAGCCGGCACUCUUUCGUUGCCUCGCCCCGAACCCAUCAGUAUCCUGGUUCAGCGACCGGACGGAAGAAAAAGGCUGGUCGGCCAGGGACGAGUGACUCGGCUCAACACUUGCUGACGCCUACUGAGUCGUUGACCAACCUGUGCGACGAAUCGAUCGUGUAUUCACAUUAUCAGCACUCGUUGAACUCGCUUGUCGAUAUCAUUGACCGGGACGACCGAGAGUCUCUGGUGGAGCUCCACCAAUAUCUUAACGCGGACGACGAAGACGAGAACAUCAGCCCGACGGAAAACUAUCUGGGCCGACACGAGUACCACUUGGACCCUGAUGCCACGCCACUUUCUUCUCCAGUCGAGUUCGCACCGAUCGGAGCUACUUCAUUCGCCAGCAUCGGCGGAAUUCUGGGUGCCGUGAACACCGUAUAUGACUCACCGCAGAGCCCACGGCCGAAAUCCGAACGGCGGCGAUCCAUGCCAGCCCGGACGUCGACUGUCUCGCUGUCUUCCAUUGUCACCGCCAACGAGUCACCCGCCAACUCCCCGACGGGCGAGGAGUUCCAGACGCGGCGGCGCCGUGCUGCGAAGCUCACCCAGUUCUUCGGCGUCGACUACCGCGAGCUCAUCGAUGACGUCGUCGAAAGUAUCGAGGCGGGGCUGGAGGUAGAACGGAAUCGAGGAACGCUCAAGCCGGCCGAGGCUGAGGCGCUGUUGCUUCGGCUUCGGACCUUGCGGUCGAAGCGAUGAGACUCGGACAGGCGCCACCGCCACUGCAGACAGAUCGAUCGCAUUGCAGCCUGGCCUCGACGACCGCCGACGCAUGAACGAUAUCAUUCAUCUACAUAACGACAAUCUCACUGCCCAUCUACAUCGCAAUGCUCCGCAACUAUCCGUGCAUCAUCUAUCCUUGUACUCUACCUGCCAACUCGCUGUCGUUAAUACUUUGUUAUGUUACUUACUAACCACGUCCGGUACUUAUUCACUUAACCUUCGUGCAAUCGCGGCAUCUAGUUCUAUUUAUCGGGAUACCGGUAUCCAGGACCAUAGUGCCCAAAGUUCAAGCGGGCGAAGUCCCGUGAUCGCGUUAUCUAUGUCACAUGAUUCAUUUACGUCCACCGGACAGUCUUGUUCCGUGUCCGAGAGAGACAAUACCGGAGUAGUGAGGUUGGGCAAGGAAAUAAGAGUCAACUCCGCCUGUAGCAGUCCAGCGGAUUGUUCCCUACGAAAGUCUCUCGCGUGCAGAGAGGGAGCUAAUGACCGGAGUAAAACCUACGAAAGAUGCAAGCGCGACAUUGUACUCGUUGUUCAUACUUUCAAAUGGAAGGGAAGGAAGGGAAUGCUUGGACGGCAUUUCACCUCGCUUUAUUCAC